AUGAAGGGUGACUCACAGGCAGUUCGAAUUGGGCCGCUGCUCCUGCUGCACCCGCGGGCGCAUGCUGCGGCUGCCCCGCGGUGGUGGGAGGUUUCAUCCGAAGAGAACGCCAAGUCGUUGGCGUUGUACUUCGACCGCGAGGCGCGCCGCUACUUCGUCUACACGGAAGGCACCAUCGCCUCCUCGGAAAAGGCUUUUAGCAUGUACUUCAACGUGGCUCGCGGGCCGACAGUGCAGAACAUUUGCGAAGUCGGCUUCAAUGCAGGGCAUUCCACGGCGAUCUACCUCAACGCCAACCCACAGGCGAAAGUCUACUCCUUUGACAUUGGCCAGUUUCCCUACACGCGGGGCAACGCGCAACUGAUGCAGGAGCUGUUCCCGGACCGCUUCGAGUACAUCAGCGGCCCCUCCGCCGAGACGGUCAAGGCCUUUGCGGAAGAGAGGCCCGACGUCCGCUGCGACGUCAUCAGCGUUGAUGGGGACCACAGCACCGCAGGCACCCUCGCAGACUUGGAGAACUUCCGCAAGCUCGCAUCUUGUAGGAACUGGGUCUUGAUGGACGACGCGGGCUGGAACUCCACGAACAGCGCCUGGCAGAUGGCCAAAGAUCUGGGCAUCCUGACUCAGGUGGAGUGUUUCGCGGACAUGAACCCCAGGCCAGACUACCAGUUCAUGGAGUACCCGGAGAAUCGGUCUUGGUGCCCGACUCUCAGAGCAAAGAGGUCUGCGGCAGCUGGGUCAGUGGAGAGGUUCGACUGUUGGUAUUGCUCCCUGUAA